GGGGGUUAUGAGGACGCCACGCCCCUACAGGAAGGAAGGGAGUGUGUGUAGGUGUGUGUUGGAAUAAACUUAGGCGGGGCCGCAGAGGUGGGCUCCGCAGUGAGACCUUAGAAUGCUGGGGCUACUGCAGGCAGGACUCAGGCCUUGGAGCUUCCGGAAGAGUGCUCUCGGCAGUGGCCCUGUGAAGUUUGACAGGGAUUGAGAAUUUAUCUCAGGCACAGUUUUCAAAGCAGAAGGGGAGGUGAAGGUUGAAGAAAAGGGAGCAGAGAAUGCAUGUGGAAGAAGCCAGCAUCUCAGUCUGGAAAGGAUUUAGUUCAGUUGAAAAGAGGUUACCACACAAAUCAGCCUCCAGGCCAUGCUGUUUUUAAGGUCUGUUUCUUCUGUUGAGCCUCAGCAGAAGACCGAUGGACCAGUCCUCAUAGUGGAUGACCUCGCCUGCCCGACCAACAGAUGGGAUAGUACCUCGGAUCUGUCCGUCACUGGCCUCUGAAUUUAACAAACCAGCUGAAUGAAGGAAUGUAACAGCCUCCUGGGAAGGACUUUGAAAUCUGCAAGGGGGGGGGAGGGGCCUGGACAUACCCCUUCCCCCCAGACUCCUCUGCCUCAGGGUCCACUCAGCCAUGGACUUUGGACCGGGGUAAGAGAAACUGCACAUUUUUUGGUGGAUUUUACUUGGAUUCUCAGUUUUGGAAAUGGAAUGCUGAAUGGAGGUUUGAUGUUCUCCAUGGGAGCAACUGAGAGGAGAAAGGUGCAUGAUUACUUCCUAAUCCCAUAGCCCAGGGGAAGCAUCCUUAAUACUGUGGUCAAGGCAACCUAAGGGCAGCCUCAAGCCCUCCCUUGCCCGCCCUCCCUGGUGGGGGCCAGGAUGCUGAAGAAGCAGUCUGCAGGGCUUGUGCUGUGGGGAGCUAUCCUCUUUGUGGCCUGGAAUGCCCUGUUGCUCCUCUUCUUCUGGACACGCCCAGCACCUGGCCGGCCACACUUAGACAGUGCUCUUGAUGACGACCCUGUCAGCCUCACCCGUGAGGUGAUCCGCCUUGCUCAGGAUGCUGAGGUGGAGUUGGAGCGUCAGCGGGGGCUGUUGCAGGAGAUCAGGGAGCACCAUGCUCUGUGGAGCCAGCGGUGGAGAGUUCCCACUGUAGCUCCUCCUGCCCAGCCUCGUGUGCCCGUGACCCCAUCACCAGCUGUGAUCCCCAUCCUAGUCAUUGCCUGUGACCGUAGCACUGUCCGACGCUGCUUGGACAAACUGCUGCAUUAUCGGCCCUCAGCUGAGCACUUCCCCAUUAUUGUCAGCCAGGACUGUGGGCACGAGGAAACAGCCCAGGUCAUUGCUUCCUAUGGCAGUGCAGUCACGCAUAUCCGGCAGCCUGACCUGAGCAGCAUUGCUGUGCAACCUGACCACCGCAAGUUCCAGGGCUACUACAAGAUUGCCAGGCACUAUCGCUGGGCACUGGGUCAGAUCUUUCAUGAGUUCAAGUAUCCAGCGGCUGUGGUGGUGGAGGAUGAUCUAGAAGUGGCACCAGACUUCUUUGAAUACUUCCAGGCCACUUACCCACUGCUGAGGAGUGACCCUUCUCUUUGGUGUGUGUCUGCCUGGAAUGACAAUGGCAAAGAGCAGAUGGUGGACUUGAGCAAGCCAGAGCUGCUCUAUCGCACAGACUUUUUUCCUGGCCUGGGCUGGCUACUAUUGGCUGAACUGUGGGCUGAGCUGGAGCCCAAGUGGCCCAAGGCCUUCUGGGACGACUGGAUGCGCCGGCCUGAGCAACGGAAGGGACGGGCCUGCGUGCGCCCCGAAAUCUCAAGAACAAUGACCUUUGGGCGCAAGGGUGUGAGCCAUGGGCAGUUCUUCGACCAGCAUCUCAAGUUCAUCAAGCUGAACCAGCAGUUUGUGCCCUUCACCCAGCUAGACUUGUCAUACCUGCAGCAGGAGACCUAUGAUCGCGAUUUCCUUGCCCGCGUCUAUGGUGCUCCCCAGCUACAGGUGGAAAAAGUGAGGACCAAUGAUCGGAAGGAGCUGGGGGAAGUGCGGGUGCAAUAUACAAGUAGGGACAGUUUCAAGGCCUUCGCCAAGGGCCUGGGUGUUAUGGAUGACCUCAAGUCAGGUGUUCCCAGGGCUGGUUACCGAGGCAUUGUCACCUUCCAUUUCCGGGGCCGCCGUGUUCAUCUGGCACCCCCACAGACCUGGGAUGGUUAUGAUCCCAGUUGGAAUUAACAGUAUCUGCCUUUCCUUCUGGGGUCUCUUCCUUGCCAUGCCAUGAGCUGAGAUGGGACUGCAGUCCCUGGGCUGUAUCAUCCUGUCUGUAUUGCCCUUGGGUCCAUUUAUCUUUUGUUUUUUCCUUUGCAUUUGUUUUGAGUGGCAUUCAGGUGCACAGAUGUUAAGAUGAGGGUUAUUCUCCCGUUCUCAAGGGAGUCAGAGGAGAGGGGCCAUUCUGAGGUAUGUUAGGAAGUAUUAUACAAGAAACCACUGUGUGGUAGGAGAGCGCUUGGGCUUACUGGGGCCAAGAAUGUCCAUAUCCUGAGUUUUCUCCUAUGGUCCCUGCAUAGAGGUUGGCAACUUUAGCCUUUUUGACCAGGCCUCUUCUGUGAUUUGGCUUUUCCAGCCAGGGCAUGAGCCUCUCCUUUUUUUCUCUUUUACUACCUUCCCCCAAUGUGGGGAUGGGUAAUAGGAGAAGAGAAUGUUUUUGUGGCCAAAAUGAGACUAACCAAAGGGGUUUCACUGCAGGGUCAGGGUAGAGUUGGGUUGCCAGCAUUUACUGUCUCCUGCCCUUCUCUCCUUAUCACUGAUCCCCUCUCCUCUCCUUUCUCUGCAGCCCAGUACUUGGUAGUUCAGAGAUGAAAUGUGGAGGAGGAAAAGCAAGAUCUUCCACUUGGCUCAUGCCCAACUGUCAGGGGAAAGGUGGGAGGAAAGCCUUUGCUACCCUACCCGUUUCUUGCCUCAAAGAGAUGCUAUCCCUAGACCACCUCCUUUCUAAAAAAUACCUGUCUCCCUCUUUUAGGAGUAUUCCAUGCUGGCUUGAAGACAAAUGAGCUCCUGUGUCUCUUUUAUCCCCUGGGGUUUGGUGCAUAGGCUCCUCCCUGAGGACUGUGGCUUCAAGUGGCCUUCGCAGCCUGAGGUUCAAUAGCUGAGAUCAGGACAGCUCUGGCCCUGGAACAGGUCCUGCAUUCCCAUGUCCUCACAGGCUAGGAAAUGGCAGAUUGGAGAGAAAUUUAUGUGUUUUUAUUGCCUGAACUCAGUUUCGCAGAACAAAGUGGAAUUUACAGAAUUAUUUUCAAAAAUAAAGGCUGAAUUGUCUGAAAAACA